AUGGAUUCGGACUCAGACGACUUCGAGGGAACUAGUGUUGUUCCCCGCGUGAACCGGUUCAAGCACCAAUCGUACAAGAAAAGCCUAAAGGAGGUCCAUCUGCCAUCUGCUCUUGACCUCACAAAGUUCGAUCAUGACAUCCCGGACAACGAAUCCCACUUUUACCUAGCUCUUCAACAAUGGCGACAACUCAAUCUAUCCCCAGCAUUUAUUCAGUUCGCGAAAAAGGUUGACCCACUCUCGAUAUCUAUGCCCCUCCUCUUGCAUAACUGGAAGGAAAUUAUUGACCUAUGGAAAGGCGCUUUGGAUGCAUCAGACCAUGAAGCUUUGAAAGCUCUACUCGACCUCCUGGAUAAGCUGGCUCACGAUCUACGAACCACCCUUGCCCCAUCAUAUGCUGAUCUGCUAGAGGUUCUCUUGCGACUUCUGCCACAACCUAUACCAGCACCUUCCCUCACAGCUCUCCUGGCGACACUUUCAGGACUAUUCAGGUAUCUUCUCGUACCGUCAAUAAACCUUGAUCUUUUGGACCAGACGUGGUCUUCUUUUCGUGCGGUACUUCCGACUUGCAAUUCUGACGUUCAACGCGCCGCCGCCGAGGUAUGGGGUUCCGUGCUCCGUCGGCUUAAGAGCGUUGCGAGGGAGAGAGCUGUGAUUUUGAUGGCAAAAAAUCCGGAAGGUGUCGAGGACGCCAGUGCGUGGAUGAUAGUCUUUGCAUGUAAAUCUAUUUCCCAAACCUUGCACACCAGUGCAGGUUCUUUGAUGGCUACCCUCAUUGACUGCCACCUGACAAGCGAUUACCCCGACUUAUCGUAUACUCUCCUGCGGCGUGUGCUUACCGCCUUGAUUCACCACUGUAACGGCUCGGAACAUUUUUCGGUUGUCGCCAGCCUCAUCGUUGAUCGCUUCUGUGCCGUGUCGCAAGCUGAGGGCGCAAAUCAACAGCAGCUUCAACGUGCCAUGCAAAUCACGUCCGUGGUCUGUGCAGUUCGUCAAGGUUCCCGUCUGUCCCGUCUGUACUUUUUAUUUCUCCGUCUUGUGCACUCGUUGAAAUUUUCGCCUGUAGCAUCCCAUCUAACACAGCUGGCCUCAAGACUGGGGUCACUGCCAUUUGACGCGCUCCUACAUCCCGAGAUCUUGAGUUUCGCGUCUUCACUCCUCGCUGCUGGCGAUAUGGUAAUGACCGCGGGGCCAGGACGCGCGUUUGUCGCUCGGGCUCUUAGCGUCCCUUCCUUCGGCUUGAUGCUCUGUGGUGUUCUCGCGGAGCUAGGAUGGGGUGGCUGGAAGCUUGUCGGACUACCUGCUCUUCUCAAAGCAACCCCUAGUCUCCUUCAGGCGGAGCCCUCCCUCACACUACGUCUUCUCGCAUCUCUACAAAAUACGGGAAAGCUGGGCGAGGUCGACAUUGUCUUCAAACGAAGCGUAGAUGGCUGGAUACAAUAUCGCUUAUCCACCUGGGAAGUUAAUGAAGAAUCGGUGGAUGACUUAUACAACAUAUUGGGUCUCUCCGUAUUCGUCGACUCGCUGGCACCAUUAUUGGUGCACAUCAUUGAACGCUCGUUGAAUACAUCGACACCCGAGGAAGACUGGCAAACAUCGCAUGCCAAUGCGGCCUGGGUGAUCGGAACAUGCAUGCAAGCUUUGUCGCGAUGCAAGUCAUCAUCCUGGGAAACGCAAGUGGAUCUGUCCGUCUGGACGACGGAGGUUGUGGAUCACUGGUCGUGGUCCGCGAAAGUAUUGAUGGGCCUCGUCGCGCUCCUCGAGACAAGCCCUUCUACAUCCCAGUCUCUUCCAAUCGCCCAACUAUACUCCCGCCUGCAAUCCCGGUUGCUUUCCCCCUCUCGACCAUUGCGUUUAAAUGUGUUGGGACUGUUGACGUCGAAGAUGGUGAAAUCUUCUCCCGCAGAACACGAUGCGCUGAAGCGCUGCUUGCAAGGCGAAGAGGUGUCCCUUGAUAUGCAUGGCGUACGCGAGCGCGUUCUCCGAAUAGGUAGAUUGUACCAGGUUGUGAGAGAUGAUGAACCACUUUCCGCUGAUAUCUGCGUUCGGUGGCUUGUUUCUCAACUGAAGGUCAAUUUACGACCGAUAUGGUCUCCAGCGUCAGAAGCUCUCUCUUCUUUAGCCCAGAGGUUUGGCAAUCUCGUCUGGGAUAUCAUAUUUUCGGAAUUACAACAACCCCAGGGAGCCCAAGAAACUCCUAAAUGGCUGACCGCCAUCAAGGACGAUGAGAAUGACAUGGAUCCUUGGGAAGAAGAACGAUCUUGGAGAGACCCUACCGCACAUAAGCUUCGGGGUGCCGCUGCAAAUUGGCUCGAUAAGCAUCACCACCGCAAAAUCAUCAUUUCGGAACAAAAAUCGUCCGAUCGGUUCGAUCCCGUCGCGUUUGAAGCUCAGGUUCUCCUCACUCUCGGACAAUGCACAUCUUUAGCGGAAAAACAUAACCGCGAGUUGGUGACCUACUUCCUUUCUAUCGCCGGCCCGGAUGCUCUAUCACGAUUGCCGAAAUAUAAGCUUCAGUCGUGGUUGACGCUGUUCAGCAAGUUUGGCAAUCCAAAGGCUCUGCACUCCACAGACACGCUGCGAGAACUGUACCGCUCCCUCAUCUCCUACCCCGAUCGGGCAUUGCAAACGGUGUCCUUAUCCUGCUUGCUCGCAUAUAAGUCGCCCCACCUCCAGCAUCAUGAGGAGAAGUUGCGCCUCCUCCUCGACGAAACUAAGUGGAGAGAUGAGUUGACGUCUUUGCAUUUGUCGUCGAUAGAGAUCAAGGACCGACCGCAGCUAGUGGAUGUCAUCGUUCGUCUGCUGUAUGGGCUCAUGUUGGAAAGGAAGGGUCGCUCUAGGGGUAGUGAUCGCCGGGCUGCUGUGCUGACAGCAUUGGCAGGAUGCACAGACGAGGAACUCUCUCUUCUAGUGGAUCUGAUGUUGAAACCGAUGCAGUCUGACAGCCAUGCUUGCCAGGAUGACAUGUUCUCACUGCGCAAUAUUUCCUCGGACGUCUCAUUGAAGCAGCAAUCUGGUUACCUGACUUUGUUGGGUGACGUGCUGAAGAACCUUGGGUCGAGAUUGACCACGUACUGGCCGGCUUUGCUCGGGACCACACUCGAUCUGGUUGCUCAUGCUCAGAAGCAGCUGUCGAAUGUGACGGCAGCCGAGGCUAUCGAGCAGGUGGAAAACGAAGCGGACGAAGAGGAGAGCGAAGUCGGAGAGGUAGUCCAUUCCAGAGCCUUGCGUUCCGUGAGGCAACAAGGCCUCAAGCGGCUUGCCGAUUUCUUUCGCUGCCCGGUCGAAUUCGACUUCACACCCUAUCUCUCCGCGUCAUUUUCCGAUAUCGUUGCUCCACGUCUGGAGUUAUUGGAUCAAGAGAACACUCAAGCCCCUUCCGCGCUCAUGGAAUUGUUCUAUAUCUGGACCAGUCGGCCAGAGUAUUCGGUGCACCUUGUACAACACGACCCUCGUGUACUGCCGAAGAUUCUCGACUGCCUUGUCGCGGCCAACGUCAAGCCAGCAGUGAUCAACAGAGUAUUCGACAUCGUAGAGCGCCUGCUGCUGUAUUCUGCGGAUGACAGUCAAUUCCUGGAUUUGCUCAUUCAACCACAUAUAUCGCAGUUGCUCAGGAACCUCACAACUUUGGUCGAACGCACGAAGGCUGAUGCAGCGCUUUCAAGUCCUAUCACUCAGCGCCAAAUCAGCAUACUUUCGGAGGUCGCUCGUUACGCUGCAGAUUCUACGCAGGCCUUGACUCUACUCGGCCUUCUCUCCCCUUUGCUACGCAAGUCUAGCAGAAUCAUAUCUGAGAAAGUCAAAGUCAAGCUUCUCAGCACCCUCGGUCAUAUAUUCCCUCUACUCACUGAGCUGUCAAAUUCCUCCUCCAUCGAAUUCUCCAAGGCGUAUGAGCUUCUUUCACAGCUCUUUAUGUCGCUUCGCUUCACUGCUUCUCGACUCGCUCUUACUUCAGCUUUCAAUCAGCUCUCAGUGAUCAAUCCGAGUAUUCAAGAGCUUGCAAGCCUGCUCGAAUCACUCAACGCCUGCUCGUCGAAGCGAAUCGAUGAACCUGACUUUAAUCGUCGGUUGACUGCGUUCACGCUGCUCAAUGAGCAGAAGUACGCUACGCUAUCAUGCCGUGAAUGGCUUCCUGUCCUUUCGAACGCACUAUAUUUUGUGCAGGACCCUGAGGAGCUGGCCAUCCGCAACAACGCUGCUUUCACAAUCAGACGUUUCAUCGACCUUACAUGCGACCCAUCAAAUCCAGAAUUCGAGACGCUCCUCAUGCGAACUGCCCUUCCGGCGCUCAAAAACGCCUUGAAGUCGAAGCACGAGCUUGUGCGUGCGGAGUCGCUCGGUGUUAUUUCGUACGCUGUGUCAAAAUGCGACAGAAUCUCCUCACUGCAGGAGAUGCGUCCUCUCCUUGCUGGUGGUGACGAGGAAGCUAGUUUCUUCACGAAUAUUCAUCACAUACAGAUUCAUCGUCGCACAAGGGCUUUGAGACGCCUUGCCGAGUACUGUGAUGAGGGGGCCAUGCGCAGCAGAACGCUAGUCGAAGUAUUCCUUCCGCUCGUCGAGCAUUACAUUGUCCCAACGGCCUCCCUCGACCAUCUCCUUGUUUCAGAAGCCAUCAAUACGAUUGGGCGCAUUGCGAAGUACCUCGGAUGGAGUGCAUACUCGACCCUUGUGCACAAGUAUAUCCGAUCAUCAAAAGACAAGAGUGAAGGCGUCCGCGUUUACGUCCGUGCUCUAGUCGCGAUCCUGGAAAACUUCCACUUCUCCGUCGAAGACGCUGUGCAACACGUGGAUCCAUCGGCAGAUGACAUUGCAAACAGUGAUCACGAAGGGUUGAUAGAUGAAUUGCAUAUUCCUUCAGCUGAUAAACAGGAGACUAAAAAAAUCGCCGAUGCCGUUCAUACCCGCCUUUUGCCUUCGCUUUUGGCCUACCUCUCUAAUCGUGACGAGACAGAGGACACCCUUCGUAUCCCAAUAUCGAUGGGUAUUGCCAAGGUUGCCUUGCAUUUACCUUCUGCCUCCCGAGAUAUGCAAGUGGGCAAGCUUCUGACAGUCCUCAGUCAGAUAUUGCGUAGCAGGUCACAAGAGACUCGCGACCUCGUGCGAGAUACGAUCUGCAGGAUAGCUAUCGCACUGGGCUCCCCUUACUUACCCGUCUUGUUGCGAGAACUCCGCGCAGCACUCCUGCGUGGACCGCAACUACACAUCCUGGCAUUUGUGUUCCACGCAGUGCUUACCCACGUCACGUCUGCGCAGGGCAGCAAUGACCCUGCGAUCCAAGAUCUGGAUGACUGUGCCGCGGAUAUCGCUCACGUCUCCGCAGAAGUAGUCUUUGGAGAGUCAGGAAAGGAUGUGCAGCACGAAGACUUCCGGACGAAAAUGCGAGAAGUACGCAGCAGUUCUUCCAAGGGACUCGAUUGCUUCGGGCUGACAGCUCGAUACGUUUCGCCCAAACGCAUUAGUGCGCUCCUCCUGCCGCUUCGCUCCAUCAUUGCAGAAACGGGUUCGUUCAAAAUCUUGCAGCAGGUCGACGAAGUUCUCAGACGUAUUGCCAGUGGACUCAAUAGCAAUGCAAGGCUCACACCCGCUGAAUUGUUGGUUCUGUGCAACACCCUGAUCAGUCAAAACGCCAAGUUCUUGCAGGAAGUCACAAAGCCCAAAAAGAAGUCUAACAAGAAAGCUGAUGCUAUCGUGUCACUGCAACGCCGAAUCGUCACGGACACCGACCAUUAUACGAAUAAUUCUUUCCGUUUCGUCGUCUUCGGUUUGGAGCUCUUCAAUACUGCGUUCCGACGCUCUCGUUUUGACUUCCAGGACAAGCAGAUCAUCAGUCGCCUGGAUCCGCUCGUAAAGCUCAUCGGAAAUGCUCUUUAUUCCUCCUCAGAACCAGUCCUCAUCGCUUCUUUUAAGGCUUCGGCUAGCAUCCUCCGAUGUCCACUCAACUCAGUCUCAUCGUCUGCACCCGUUAUUGCCCGUCAAAUACUCGCGAUCGUCCGUUCUACUGGUAGUGGGGAGUCCGAAGUUGCUCAGGCUGGUCUCAAGGCCCUGGCAAGUAUACUACGGGAGUGCGAAGCCGCUCAGGCUAAAGAGAAAGAUUUGCUCUUCCUGAUCGAAUUCGUUUCACCAUACCUCGAGGACCCCGACAGGCAAGGCACCGUUUUCGCGUUACUGAAAGCUGUUGUGGCACGACGACUGAUUGUACCCGAGCUCUACGACGUUAUGGCUGACGUCUCUGCUAUCUUGGUCACGUCACAAUCGGCACAGACUCGCGAGUCUGCUCGGUCCCUUCUCCUUCAGUUCCUCCUCGACUAUCCUCAAGGUUCUGGAAGAUUGCAGACCACACUUGGUUUCUUCGCCCGAAAUCUUUCUUAUGAACAUGCAUCAGGACGUUCAAGUGUUCUCGAACUUUUGGGCGCGCUUGUGUCCAAGUUCGACUCGGCAUUGCUGGAAAAACACGCGGAGAUGAUCUUCGUUGCACUUGUACUAUGUCUUGCCAACGACGAGGACAAGUCUUGCAGAGAAGCUUCUGCAUCUGUCCUUCAAAGCUUGGUCAAAAGGUUAGGAGAGGGCGAGAGAAAAGUAUUUGUUGGUCAUCUGCAUGCGUGGGCCAGUCAACAAGGACAGGAAAAACUUAGGGCAGUUGCGGUGCAGGUAUACGGGCUCAUCAUCGACGCUUUACAGCGGGAAGCUUCCCCACAUGCCGCAGCCCUGUUCGCCGAUGUUCAACAGAUCUUGGACAACAGUAUUCGAUCGCUGACUUUGUCUGAUGGCGAUGGAGAAGACAUGGAUGUUGACGUAGAAUGGCAACCACCGUACCAGGCAAUCCUCGCCGUCUCGAAGCUCCUGCAGACCUUACCUGAGCAUACACUUGAUGCGGUGAAAUGUACCCAAGACAAACUCAUCCCAUAUCUCCUCUUUCCACACGCUUGGGUUCGCACAGCAGCUUGUCGAUUGUUUGGCGUGUUCUUCGCAUUUCACGGCCCGACCCCUACUCUCGAGAAUUCGCAUCUUACCCUCCAGUUGAUGAAAGAUAUCGCAGAGAAGCUAUGCACGCAGUUGAAGAGCCCUCAUCUCGACGCAAAUCUUGGUCUACAGAUCGUGAAGAACCUAUUUUUCGUCGGAAAAUUGUUCUGCACUGUCGCGUCCUCCUCGUCCUCAGGGAGUAAUACCAACGAUACAGCCGAAGCAGCUGAGACGGAAUCGGACGGUGGUGAGAGUGAUGAUUCCGCGGAACGCCCUACGCAGAUGAGUCCAGAAAAACGCUCUCAGGAUCCUCUACCUUGGCUUUUCUCCAAGCUGUCGUACCAAGCUCGCUCAGCCCACAUCGCACGGCGGAAUCGCGGUAAUACUUCUAGUCAAACAACCUGGUCGCUCGCUCCCUUGUCCAUUCUGCGCUUUUUCGCUGCGAUGGCGUCUCACAUGCCGGACAGUCAACUCGAGCGGUUCUUGCCUCACAUACUUACACCUGUCUACCGCAUAACGGAGGACGACACAAUCCGGGAUGCCGGAAUGGAGGAGCUGAAAGUUACGGCCACCGAACUUCUUGACUUACUUCAGAACAAAGUUGGCACGACGAUUUUUGCCAAUACGUACAACCGCAUCAGGCAAGGCGCAUCCAGUAUUCAGCAAGAAAGAAGAGUUGCGCGGGCCACGAAGGCAACCACUAACCCAGAAGCCACUGCCAAGCGCAAAUUAGCUCGAAAUGCAGGCAAGAAGGAGAGUCGAAAGAGAAAGAACAGGGCUUUUGCCGACAGUAGAGGGAGGCUAAAGAGACGGAGAGAAGAAGAGUAA